CCGAUAUUAGAGAUGCGCGUUCUAUCCUUUUUUUAUUUCUGUGAGCCAUACCAAAGCAGAGUUGUUUCUGUAAGCUAGCGGGAGGAUACAUAACAAGUCACAAGCACUGUUAACUUUACUAGCAGUAGCAUGUGUUAGGUAUACCAUGUUGCUUACCCGGUUUGGAUACAGACUUAAUAGAUCGCAUUUCCCCUGCACUGUACUGACUUCAAAAUUACAUAACUAUUCCUCCAAAGAACUACGAGACAUUUUUAUCAAUUUUUUUGAAAGAAGAGAUCAUAAAUUUAUUCCUUCAUCAAAAGUUUACACACCUGAAGAUCCUUCACUUCUAUUUGUCAAUGCUGGAAUGAACCAGUUUAAACCAGUACUACUUGGAGAACAGAAGAAAAAAAGUUUGUUUACCAAUGUUAGACGUGCAGUAAAUAGUCAAAAGUGUAUUCGUGCUGGAGGAAAACACAACGAUUUAAAUGAUGUUGGCCACGAUUUAACACACCACACAUUUUUUGAAAUGCUUGGAUCCUGGUCAUUUGGUGAUUACUUUAAGGAAGAUGCAUGUAAGAUGGCCUGGUUAUUGUUAACUGAGGUGUUAAAUCUUUCACCAGAUAGGUUGUAUGUGACAUAUUUCAACGGUUGUCCGCUUAACAAUUUAAAACCAGAUUAUGACACCCGAGAAAUUUGGAAGUCAAUUGGUGUGAACCACAAUAGAAUUUUACCAUUUGGAUCCACGGAUAAUUUCUGGGAGAUGGGUGAGACUGGACCAUGUGGGCCUUGUACGGAAAUCCAUUACGACAGGAUUGGGAAUCGACAUGUACCUGAGCAAGUUAACAAAUCGCUUUCGGAUGUUGUUGAAAUUUGGAAUAUAGUUUUUAUGCAAUUUAAUAAGGUUUCUAUAAGUCAGUUGGAGCCUUUAAAUGUUUGCCAUGUUGAUUCUGGAAUGGGAUUGGAAAGGAUCACUGCCGUCAUGCAACAGAAACAGUCAAACUAUGACACAGACUUAUUUGUACCCAUUUUAUCAGCAAUUGAGGAAAUUUCCAAAGUGGGUCCUUAUAAAGGAAGAGUGGGAGAGGAAGAUACAAAUGGUAUAGAUGCAGCAUACCGAAUGAUCAGUGAUCAUAUUCGGAUGUUGACUGUUGCAAUUUCAGAUGGAAUCUAUCCUGGACCUAAGGGGCGAGAACUUAUUCUUCGGAAAGUUUUGAGAAGAGCUGUUUUAGCUGGGAUUGAAAAGCUGCAAACCCCAAGACCUUUUCUUUACACUUUGUUGCCUACUGUGGUUGAAUCGUUAGGCUGCGCUUUCCCAGAAGUUGAAUUGAAGCAGGAUGAAGUUAUGGAAGUUAUUAAAGAGUCAGAGAUGGCUUUUUACAGAACAUUGGAUCGGGGUGACUUGAUUGUCAGGAAAACUAUAAAGAACUUGGCAGGAAAUGAGUUCCCGCCAGAAGUUGCUCAUAAACUAAGAUUACAAAAUGGUUAUCCACUCAAUCGCAUGUUGCUAUUCCUCAGUCAGGAAAAGCUAAAUUUUAAUAUGAUGGCUGUAGAUUCAUUUAAAAAACAAUCAAGUGAGAAAAACUUGAACAAGAAAUCAUUUAGUUUUCUUGAUAAUGAAGAAGAUAGGUCAAGUUUAAUUCAUAGUUUCUUAAAACAGAAAUUUAAACCAACAGUUUGUGUUAAUUCUGCAAAACGAUUAGGUGAUCAUCAAUUUACCAUUGCCCCUGUUUCAGCAAAGCUUUGUGGUAUUGUAAAUGAUGAAGGUGUUAUGCAUACAGAACUCAAUCUGUUAAAGGGUAAUGUUGAAAACUUAUUUUUGCUGCUGGAUAAAACAAAUCUUAGUCAGCCAUUUCAUGGAAAAUUCUCCAAUAUUGGUACCAUAUAUUUACAUGGACGUGCUUUCCCUGUUGUUAAUGUUAUUAACUUAGAUGGUUGGUUUCUGCAUGAAAUUACAACAACGGAUUUGAAUGUUGAUUUUCUUCAGCUCUGUUCAGGUAAUUUGGUUACUGUCGAACAAAAUGAAGAAUAUGAACUUACGCUGAUUCGAACUCAUUCUGCAAAGCAAAUGCUAAAAGAUACAUGCAGAAAGAUUAUUCCGAAUCAUGCAAUUUUAAAACUUAAAGUCAGUUUGGAUCAGUUAAAUAUAGAACUGGCUGGGAAUGUGGAAGACGAAUUAAUACGUCAACUGGAAAAUCAAUUUAAAACUGAAGGUAUUGAUGACCGGCGGACUUUGGAUCAUGUUGUGGGAAAUACACCAGGUGUUAUGAAUUUUGUCAUCACAAAAUGUAGAAGACAAGGAAAAGCAAAAACAAUUUUAACUUGUGUGGUUGGGAAGAAGGCAUCUAAUGCAUUAGAUCUGUGUUCACAAAUUAAAUCUGUGGUUGAAGAUUUAAAAACUCAAUGUGAAAAUAUUGAUGAGCACACAUCCGCUGAAGUUUUAAUUAAGAAGAUAGGAGAUGCAACUUUUGCAUUAAACAAUAGUGAAAUACCAUAUCAAAGAAAAAACUCAAUGCGAGAAAUUUUGAGAAAAUUGUCGGGUAGAAUGAACACAAUGCAAAAAAAAAUUAAACGCAAAAAAGAAAGUAUACUGUAAAAUUUAUUUAAUGAUAUCUAAAGUAAUUUAGUUUAGUUGCCAACAUUACAGUUACAUACAUAUGUUUCCUUUUAUUUUGUUUGUUAAAAGGACAUCAUUUUCGUUAUAAUCAACUUUUAACAAAUUUAUGCUUUUAUUAG